AUGGUCUCGCAACGCCCAAGGCUGAACAUCCCUUCAGGCGAGGUGGUGGUGAAGGUGUCUUUGAUCAAUCCAGUCAACUUUGGCCCAGCCAUUCUCAACAGGUUCAUGGCGCCUCCGGUGCCUGGCUUGGAGACAUUCAGAUCAUCACCAUCUCUGACAUUUCUCGUCGAGCAUCCGUCUGGAAGGAAACUGGUCUGGGACCUGGGCAUACGGAAAGACUAUCAGAACUAUUCAAAGUCGAUAGCCGACUAUCUUCCAACAACCAAAUACAGCAUCCAGGUAGAGAAGAAUGUGGUCGACAUCCUGGAGGAAAACGGCAUUGUUGCGGCACAAGUCGAGGCAGUCAUCUGGAGCCACUGGCACUGGGACCAUAUUGGCGACCCGUCGAGCUUCCCUCCAACCACCGACCUGAUCGUCGGACAAGGCUUCCCUGGUGCCAUGCUGCCCGGGUAUCCUGCCAACCCCCAGUCUCCCAUCCGAGAAAGCGAUUACAGUGGACGAACCCUGCGCGAGAUCAGGUUCGAUGGACCAGAUGCAUUCCGUAUAGGCCAGUUCCCGGCACAUGAUUAUUUCGGUGACGGCUCAUUCUUCUUGCUCGACAGCCCCGGCCACGCCAUCGGCCACCUGUGUGGUUUGGCCAGAACCACCGCCGACACAUUCAUCCUGAUGGGAGGCGACAUCUGUCACUACGCUGGCAUUUUUCGUCCUUCACAACACCUCCCAGUUCCAACAGAGAUCACACCUCACCCAUGCAGGUCGCUGGCGAGCGAGAUUCCCUUCUGUCCAGGAUCGGCAUGGGACGAUCUACAGAAGUCCCGUGGUAGGAAACCUACAGACACGCUGUACGACAUGACUUUCGGACACGACAUACCCCUGGCUACGAAGACUAUGGGUCACCUCCAGGAACUCGACUGUGAUGAGAACAUCUUUGUCGUCAUCGCGCAUGACUCCACAGUCAGAGACGGUGUCGACCACUUUCCCAAAAGUUUGAAUGCGUGGAAGGAAAAGGGCUGGGGCAAGUCGUUGAAAUGGGCCUUUUUCCGCGACAUGGAGCCAUACUGGAAGUCGCAGGGGGUCCUUUCGUAG